UGUACCCAAACAGUUACGGCGAAUGGAUUUUUUUUUAUCACUGUGCGCCACAUCCAUCUCCUCUCCCCCUAACGACGUCUUGGAGAGAAGAGGCGGAGCCAUGAUCGUCGCACCGCCCUUGCUCGGCGGCGCGCUGUUGCUGCUGCCUCAAAUGCGCGCUCUGCGCGCGCCCGGCCGCGAGCUGUUGCCUCUCGCGCCGUUUUGUGCCCUUGGUCCAGCAUAAUCGCUUGACUCCGUAUCGCGCGCGCGAGGUUCUGGAUGACCGGCUAAAAUGACUACUGUAUAAAUGUCAUAGCAUAAAUGGCGUCCAAAGUGACAGAUGCUAUAGUCUGGUACCAGAAGAAGAUUGGGGCUUAUGACCAGCAAAUAUGGGAAAAAUCUGUAGAACAAAAAGAAAUUAAGUUUCAAAAGCUUAGACACAGGAGCUGCACAUUUCUAAAAACUCAUGAAAAUGGUUUGAGGAACAAGCCAAAGAAAACUGGGCAUGUCAAGCCGGAUCUCAUAGAUGUUGAUCUUGUAAGAGGUUCUGCCUUUGCUAAAGCUAAACCUGAAAGUCCUUGGACCUCUCUAACUCGAAAGGGAAUUGUUAGAGUGGUUUUUUUCCCAUUCUUCUUUAGGUGGUGGCUACAAGUGACAUCACAGGUUAUUUUUUUCUGGCUCCUCGUCCUUUAUCUUCUUCAAGUUGCUGCAGUGGUAUUAUUCUAUACUAUAGAAUGUCCACAUAAUAUACCUCUGACUGAAGUAAUAGGGCCAGUGUGGCUCAUGUUGCUUCUUGGAACUGUGCAUUGCCAGAUCGUUUCAACAAGAACACCCAAGCCAACUCCAACUACAGGAGGAAGAAGGCGAAGGAAAUUAAGGAAAGCAGCACAUUUGGAAGUACAUAGGGAAGGAGAUGGCUCUAGUACCACAGAUAACACACAGGAAGGAACAGUGCAGACCUACGGUACAAGCACCUCUUACAGUAUUGGCGUUUUCUUCAGAGAUAUCUGGCAUGCAGCUUUCUUUUUAUCAGGAUCAAAGAAAGCAAAGAAUUCAAUAGAUAAGUCCACAGAGACUGACAAUGGGUACGUCUCCCUUGAUGGAAAGAAGACCAGCAAAAACAGUGAAGAUGGCUUACAGUCCCAUGAAGCUCACUCAGAGGUUUUUAGAUCAGAAGAGACAUGCUGGGGCUCAGGAGCAGUCAGAAAUACCUAUACUAAUUCUAGUCAUCAUAAAGAUACUCACAGAACAGUGGCAAACAUCUCUGAUGAAGUUUCAAGUGAGGAGGGACCAGAUGUUGGCUAUUACUUGCGUCGUAAUGCAGAACGUGCUUCCAAUGAUUGUGCAUUUCGAAACAGAAAGUCCCAUCAUUAUAAGAAACAUUAUCCGGUAGAGGAUAUCCCUAAAUCAGGCACUAGUUGCAGUUCACGGUGUUCAAGUUCCAGACAAGAUUCAGAGAGCACAAGACCAGAGUCUGAGACAGAAGAUGUAUUGUGGGAAGACUUGUUACAUUGUGCAGAGUGUCGUUCAUCCUGUACCAGUGAAACAGAUGUUGAAAACUCUCAAGUUAACUCAUGUAUGAAGAAAGAAUAUAGAGAUGAUCCAUUUCAUCAGAGUCAUUUGCCCUGGUUCCACAGUUCUAAUCCUGGGCUGGAAAAAGUGAGUGCAAUCGUUUGGGAAGGUAAUGACUGCAAAAAAGCUGAUAUGUCAGUGCUUGAAAUCAGUGGCAUGAUAAUGAACAGGGUGAACAGCUAUAUACCAGGAAUAGGCUAUCAGAUUUUUGGAAAUGUUGUCUCUCUAAUCCUGGGGUUGACUCCAUUUGUAUUUCGACUUUCCCAAGCGAAGGAUUUGGAGCAUCUAGCUACCCAUUCAGCUACCGAACUUUAUACUAUAGCUUUUGGGUCAAAUGGAGACAGAAUGGUUCUUUCCAUGGUUACAAUAUGCUUUAUAGUCCGUGUCUCCCUUGUAUGGAUUUUCUUUUUCCUUCUGUGUGUGGCUGAGAGAACCUACAAACAGCGGCUUCUUUUUGCCAAACUCUUUGGCCAUUUAACCUCAGCCAGAAGGGCACGAAAAUCAGAAGUUCCUCACUUCCGGUUGAAGAAGGUACAAAAUAUUAAAAUGUGGCUUUCCCUUCGCUCGUACCUAAAGCGGCGAGGUCCUCAACGAUCAGUUGAUGUAAUAGUCUCAUCUGCAUUUUUAUUGACAAUUUCUGUUGUAUUUAUCUGCUGUGCACAGCUGCUUCAUGUGCAUGAGAUCUUCCUAGAUUGUCACUACAAUUGGGAAUUAGCAAUCUGGUGUAUUUCAUUAACACUGUUUCUUCUAAGAUUUGUUACACUUGGAUCUGAAACAAGCAAAAAAUAUAGCAAUACCUCAAUAUUACUUACUGAACAGAUAAAUCUGUACUUGAAAAUGGAGAAGAAGCCCAACAAGAAGGAAGAACUGACACUAGUGAAUAAUGUUUUAAAACUGGCUACAAAAUUGCUCAAGGAGCUGGACAGUCCCUUCAGGUUAUAUGGAUUGACAAUGAAUCCUCUGCUUUAUAACAUCACUCAAGUUGUCAUUCUGUCUGCUGUUUCUGGUGUAAUCAGUGAUUUACUUGGAUUUAAUCUAAAGCUCUGGAAGAUCAAAUCCUGACAUUUUGUAAAAAAGGAACCAGACACAAUCCUCUGCAAAAGAUAACUGCUUGACGCAGCUGCCUCAGAGCAGUUGUUGAUUCAGUGUUCAGACGUUAUGAUCACUUUAAGGAUACUUUUUGAAAAACUGAGGUGUUUACAUCCGACUGUCUUGUGCAAUCUCUGUAUUUAUUUUACCUUUUUAAAUUUUGUAAACUGUUUUAGCUGACAUUGUAUUUUAUUUUGCAACAUUGAUAUGCAUUGAAAGGGUCAAAAUGGGUAUCCAGGUACUUCAGUGCCUGGUAAUUGGUCAUUCAAAACUGAUCAAAUUGCUUCUUUUUAUUUUUUUUCCUUUGAAAAAUGGAGCCCAGUACUAGGCUUUUAUACUUCUGAAGUUCUCAUUACAACAGUGUCAUGCUGCCGUCUUACUGAAUACAUACUAUAAAAUGUUUAGAACAUUUCAUUGUGAACCACCCUUUUGGGGUAGUAUCAAAGCACCAGCAUAUUGUUACAGUAGAAAGUGACAUUUACUGUAAAGACAAGGCAGUAGGCCAGGUAGCUGAAAUGUAUUUAUAUAUAUAUGUAUGUUUGUAUGGAUGUAUCCUAGAGCCAGCAGGUGUUAUUAUUGAAGUGAUUCCUGGAUUCUAAACAUACUGAGCUGAAGUUUAAGCUUCACUGAACAUGAGUAAGGUAUUACAUAGAAGGUCAACAAGUGCUCUUUGAUAACAUUUUUAUUAGAGCAAUAACUGUAAACUGUUAUCAUGCUGUAAGAUAUUUUGAUAAAAAUAGCUAUAGUAUUUAUUUGAAACACUGGGCUGUUUGCACAGUUUUGACUGUGACGCUCAACAUCUGCACUUUUAUUGUUACUUUUAAUAAUGAUCUUUAUAUAUACUAAAUGAAAUAUGUUAUAAUGAACUGUGGUGCAAUAGUGUUACCUCUGAAAAGUGGAUAUUUAGAGUUACACAGAGAGAGAGAUUAUGUAUGCUCAAAAUAGUUGCUAUCCAUAGUACAUUGUAGUAUAUGUGACUUAUACCACACAUGGAAAAUAACAAUUAUGUGUCUGAAAUAAUAGUCCAAAAAAAAAAAAAACAGAUUAAGUCCUGAAUCUUUUCAGGUGAUAUUGUGAUGUUGAUAUCAAAAUAGACUUUUUUGGAUUUCCAGGUUACAGUCCUUUCUACACUUUAAAGUAGAUAUAUUGAACUUGGUGGACUUACUUCUGAAUAAACACAGGUUCAGGUUGCUACAUUGUGAUCCUCGCUUUCUAGCUUAGCCUGGUUGAUUUCUAUGGGAUGGGAGAAGAAGUUUUAAAGGAAUGAAACUCAAUUAUACCCCAAUGCCAUUUAAUAGUAGUUUUGUUUUAUUUAUUUUUUAGCAAUUAUAGGCAACAGUAGUUUGUUCUGUCCUUUCCAAUAAAUAUCAGAUUUUUAGUUUUGUAGUUAAUUGCUCCAUUUGAAUUUGAAUCAUGCCUGUAGGGGAGUCAUCUGGAUGAAGAGAUGGGGUAUUGUGAUGCAUCAACUGCAUGUUGUGUUCAUUCAGAGAACCUUUGAGAUGCCUCAUUUACUUCAAUAGUGUGGUCAGCUUUAUAUGCACAAUGAUAUGUAGACACCAAGCUGCCUUUCCAUUGAAAUGAGUGGCAUAGCCCACAUGCACACUUGCUGUUGUGUAUUUGUGGCAGUGCACAAGAGGAUCUUGAUUAGGGUCACCAUACCUGCAUAGGCAGAUAUGGUUUAGGCAUGUUGUUAUAUCACUGUUCUGUGAAGCAGUAGCAAUUCAUUUUAAUAUGGCCAAGCUGGAAAUCUUUUUACUUUCAUUAGUUCAUGCUAUCCUGUAAAAUCAUAAGAGGAAAUUAUAUUAAAAGGGACAUUAUACAGAAUAUUCUGCACUGGAAAGUGAGUUAUGUUUACCAUUCCCCAUACCGCCUGCUUUGUGGACUCUAACAGUAAAAACCAAGCACCCUAAUUAAAAAAUUAGACAAACUCAAAAUUAUCAUCAGACUUUCAGAAUAAUUGAGAGAGAUCCUUAAUUGUGUGGUAUAAGGUAUUUUAUAUAUAAAGCAACACAAACAUUUUGUAUUUUAUUUGUUGCUGUACUAAUGUUUAAUAAUGACCAAAGUGCAUUUUAUUUUUUUCCUCCAAGGAAUGUAUUACCUGAGCUUUAAGAACAUGCUGUGUCUAGUUUAUGAUGUAGAAAUCUUUGGCUCUGCUUUCUGUUCUUCUUCCUCUAUUGUCUGAUGAUGGGGUUGUGUUUAGGAAUAAAGUAUGUUUUAUAUAAUUUUUUUUCCAAUACGGUACAUACCUACGCAGAACUAAAUUUUGCACAGAAUAUAUUUUAAGGAAAAAGUACAGCGGGAAUCAUGUAAUGGUAAAAGAUGAGUCUUCAUUUUAAGUGAAAAUAUUUUAGCUGUAAAUGUUAAGUGAAAAUGUUGAGGUGAAAAUGUUGAGGAGGAGUAAUAAUUUGCAUUGGAGAUAGAAGAUAGAUGUAUUUACAUUAUACCUCAGCAACUAGCAAUAGGCUAGAUUGUUGCAUUAACUAUGUGACAUCAUGGGGAAAUUUAAAAUGAGAUCUUGGUAUAUAGUAAAGUACCUCAUAACAAAGACCGGUAUGUUACCAUUGUUGCCAUUUUGUACAUAAAUGAUGCAAGUGUGAACGGCUAAGAGUGUUUUACAUCCCUUGUUUGGAAAAAUAGAGGUAAGCAGAAAUGUGACAGAUCCUGUGUGUUAACUGUUUUUGACACAUUUGUAACAAAGUGUGAUCAGGCUUGGAAUAAAACAUUCUUUGACUGAUAGUAUAAA